AUGGCGCCAAUCUGGCCACUCUUACCUUCUGCGCUGCCCCCGCAUGCUGCCUCGUGCAUAUAUUGGCCAGACACACAAGACAGCAGGUGCCAGGUUUUCACGGCGUCAACAAAUUCGGACGAAAACGAUUCACAAGCCGAAUUCAGAAGCACCCUUUAUGAGUGUAGCACCGCUGUGGCGGGCGCCACAGCGCCUCUCCCUUCUUCUUGCCACAUCCAGGUUCUCUCCCUGAUGAAGCCGCGCCCGCUCAGCGACAUUUCUCUAUUUUCGUCCACUCUGCGAACCUUCACAUGA